GCCAUGCCUGACAUGUGAAUUGUGGGUGCGACUCCGUGACGAAAACCCAGGAAAGUGCGUUGGAAGUGAAGUGGAAAGUGGCAAUACGGUAAUUAAUGGGUAGAAAGAUUCGAUCCCGUCAGAAGGGUACCAGUCAAAGUACUUAUUUUGUCACGCUCGGCUAUGAAGGAGGAAAGCUCGAUGGAGCGGUGUGCCGUUGAGGUCCAAUUAGAACUGCUUUUUGAUUCUCUAGCUUGUCCGUUCUCCUUAGCUUCCUUCCUUCCUCCGGUCCGCAUCCGAAGAUUGUUAAGAGCCAUUAUUACCUCGAAUCGGAGAGUUUUACUACGCCGUAUACACGAACUUAUAGAAGAGUUAGGGUAUCACACGUUACUGAAUCUGUUUAGUUGCCUUAUAUAUCUAAAUGUCCUCUAUACCAUUCUAAAGUAGGCACUACUACUCUCUUCUCCAACGCCUAGCUAGAGACAAG